GGAACCAGGGCCCCUCCGAUCGGUCGCCGCUCGUGCCCGCUCGAUUAAGGGACGUUUGCGCACUCCCGAGACACCAGGAAAUAUGGCGGCGCUCAUGACUCUGAGUCAGUUAUCAAGUGGAAACCCAGCCUAUGACAGUUAUUACAGACAGCUGGACCCAGGAAACACAGGCAAAAUAUCGGCUGGAGAUGCAGCUCAGUUCCUUAAGAAGUCAGGGCUGUCAGAUAGUACAUUGGGGAAGAUUUGGGAUUUGGCAGAUUCAGAAGGAAAAGGCUAUUUGGACAGACGGGGUUUCUUCAUUGCUCUGAGACUUGUGGCCUCAGCACAGGGUGGAAAUGAUAUCAGCCUUAACAACCUCAACCAAAACUUAGCUGCUCCCAAAUUUAAAGACACUAACAGCCCAUUAUUAAGUGUUUCAACGACAGGACCUGACUCCCAGUGGGCAAUUAGGUCUGAUGAAAAAGGGAAGUUUGAGGGCAUUUUUGAGAGUCUGUCCCCUGUGAAUGGUCUCCUCUCCGGUGAUAAAGUCAGGCCAGUUUUGAUAAACUCCAAACUACCUCUGGAUGCGUUAGGAAAGAUUUGGGACCUAAGUGAUGUGGACAAAGAUGGACACUUGGACAAAGAUGAAUUCACAGUGGCCUUGCAUCUUGUGUAUCGCGCCAUGGAGAAGGAGCCUGUCCCAACUACCUUACCCGCUUCCCUCAUCCCCCCAUCUAAAAGGAAGAAGUCUGCAGGAACCCUGCCAGGUGCUGUGGCUGUGCUGCCUACUCUGUCUGGGCUUAUGGCUGGCCCAGCCCCUCUAAAAGAAUCCCUGCGAAGCACUCCUCCUCUGGCCAGUGCUACUCCCUUCAGCAGCAGUACUGUCAACCUCUCUCCUAAACACUCCUUUAAAUCCAGCUCACCGCCAGUGGUGAACUGGGUGGUACCGGUGGCUGACAGAGAGCACUAUGAUGAGAUCUUCAAGAAAACAGACAGCGACAAUGACGGCCUUGUUAAUGGAACUGAGGUCAUAGAGAUCUUCAUGCAGUCCAGUCUCUCCCAGACUAUGCUGGCACAGAUAUGGGGACUCGCUGACACUAAACAGACGGGCAAGCUGACCCGGGAGCAGUUCUCUCUGGCCAUGUACCUAAUCCAGCAGAAGGUCAUUAAAGGCGCUGACCCUCCCUCCACUCUAACCCCAGACAUGAUUCCACCAUCAGAAAGGACUGCAGCCACAUUGGCGGGCCCUUGCUAUGUGGGGCUUAUGCCAGCUGUGAGACCUGAACUUGCUGCAGUCGCUAAUAUGCGCAGAGACAGCAGCAGUUCCACGGGGUCCGCCAAGCUGACGGGCAUCAAAGAGCUGGAUGACCUCAGCCAGGAAAUAGCUCAGCUGCAGAGAGAUAAAUUCAUUUUGGAGCAAGAAAUCAGGGAAAAGGAGGAAACCAUCAGACAGCAAAAUAGUGAAGUUCAGGACAUGCAGAAUGGAUUGGACAGGGAGAGCUGCAGCCUGCAGGACCUAGAGUCGCAGAAGCAGGAUGCCCAGGAACGUCUGGAGGAGAUGGACCAGCAGCGCUCCAAGCUGGAGGGAAUGCUCAACGACGUCAAGCAGAAGUGCCAGGAAGAGUCCCAGAGGAUCUCGUCUCUGCAGAGCCAGAUCCGCUCUCAGGAGACGGACCUCCAGAGCCAGGAGGAAGAGCUGAGCCGCACCAAGACGGACCUGAGCCGGCUGCAGGAGGAGGAGGCCCUGCUCGAGCAAAGUCUGCUCUCUGGUCGGGUCCAGCUGGACAGCAUCACCAAGUCGCUCAAAACCACUCAGGAAGAGAUCAACCAGGCACGCAGUAAGCUGUCGCUGAUCCAGGACAGCCAAAAGGAGAUGACCAAGACCAUUGAGCAGUACAACAGCGCUUUGAACGACAUCAACGGAGGAAACUUCAGCAACCUGCCGGACUUAAGUGAAGGGUUUGCUGAGAAGGAGAACGGAGGUUUCAGAAGUGCGGAUGACUCUUUCAAGUCAAAGAUAGCCAUGUUCAACAACAGCAGUGCUAAGGAGCCUCCAGCAGACCCCUUCCAGACAGAGGACCCCUUCAAGUCCGAUCCAUUCCUAGAUCCAUUUGGAGGAGAUCCUUUCAAAGAAAGCGACCCCUUCAAAGGCAACUUAACUGAAGAUUUUUUUCAGAGAACGGACAAGUCUAACCUGUUUGGAUCGUCAGACCCCUUCAGUAGAAAACCCACACCACCAGCCAAGCCAAGUGCCCUGACAUCUAACAGCCCAAAACCAGAUGUGUUUGGGACAGUGAGCCCCUUUGGAAGCAACUCUUUUGGAAGCAAGGGGGGUGGAUUUGCCGACUUUAGUCAGAUGUCAAAGAAGUCAGACAACCCAGUCCUCCCAUCAAAGAAAAAUGUGCCUAACCGGCCUGCACCUCCCUAUGGAGGUCUGCUCAGUUUGACUGCCUCAGAGCCGUCCCAGAGCGUUUGCUCCACAGCAGACAGUAAAGACUCUUUUGUUACUACACGCUCGAGUAAAGCGUCCAAAGACUGUCCUGUGGGUUUUGCAGUUUUGGGCUCUGAUCUGAAUGUGUCAAGUUUGGAAGUGAGAGCCAGACGCUGGAGUGGGUCAAGCAGGAGAGCGAGCGUGAGGAGCAGGAGAGGCUGAGGAGGCUGCGGCUCCAGGAGCAGCAGGACCUGGAACUGGCCAUCGCUCUCAGCAGGGCCGAUAUGCCCAGCGUCUGAUCAGCCAUGCCCCACCACAUCUUUUUGUCUUCUUGCUUCUGCCUUACAGUCCUCUGUCCGCAGGCACAUGACAACAGCACCAACACUGACUAGCAGCCCCUGUUACCAAUUUGUGUAAGGGACCAGUGUUUCUCUAGCCAUGACUGGACUCGAGUCAAACAACUCCACAUUUAGCAACCAGUUAUGGUUCAUUGCUCCCAAACUACGUGGCAACUAUAAUCAAGGACAAUACGGAGCCACUUGAUUUAAGCCUGGCUUCAUCCUGCAAGAACAUAGCGAUUUAACGCAACCCGAACCAGCAGGGUACUCCACUACAACCUACAUCUAGCUCCAUAUCUUGUUAUGGCUAAUCACCCUGCCUUAUCCAAAAGCCUUUCUGUUGCAAGUAAAAAAAAUAACUUGUUUUAUUUAUAUACAAAUGCAAUGAGUCUGUGGUGUAUGAAGUAUGUGUUCAAUGCACUGUAUAAACGGUUUUAUAUAACCUUUAAUAUUUGAAAAGAAAUUUGUAUGGAAAGUCAAACCAGAUACGCCAACUACUCUGCUGGCCUAUGAUUGAGUUUGUCCAAUUUCAAAUGUGUUUUUUUUUUUUUCUUUUCUUUUUUUGUAAAGAAACUUCUUCAUCUACUGUAAAUAUUAGUUAGAUGAUGGUUUUAUGUACAAGCACUGGAACAAAAAAACAAGCCUUUCUUAAAGGACCGGAGCUUAGUGAUCAGAUCGUCCAUGGCAUGCUUUAGGUUUUUAUUUAAAAUAUUACAGCUGUUUCUUACCAUUUAUGCCUGCAUAUGGAAUAUUUAUGGCCUUGAAGUACAAGGAUUAUUGAAGACAGGUUUGAAUAUAAUCAAACCCUCAAAUGGGAUCUAUAUGUCAAAGUAGAAAUAUGAAGUUUGGGAAUCCCUGCCAAGCAUUUUAGACCUAACAUAGCUUUGGUUAAAUAUGAUUAAGCCCCAUGUUAUCGGUCACCUCUUGUAUUUAAAAUAUUUAAGAUGCUAAUGAUAAUCAUUCAGGUCUUCCUUUUUUUUUGUUUUUUUUUAAACACAAUUCAGUCCACCUACAGCACUGUUGAACCAUCCCUCUGAUGUCAUCAGUCAUAUUGUUUAUCAUUGGUUGCCUUGUUGUUUCGCCAAAACAACUUGCACUCCCACACAACUUUAAGCCUCUAUAAAAUGGAAGUAGUAUAAACCUGCACUGUUUAUACUGGUGCUGUUAAUUGUAUCCUUUUUACUUCUUCACACUACCACUGAUGCACAAUGACAUCUGCUUCCAAUGUUUAGUUUUUCUCUCAAAAUUCAAAUCAACCGAUUGAUCUCUUUCUUUUUCUGGGAUUUUUUUUUCUUCUGUUCAUUAAUGUCUUAUGAUCCAUUUUGGGGACAUUUGUUUAAAUGACUUAAAAUAUUGCAUCCUUGUAAUUAUAUUACACUAAUCAGGUUUAUUUGGCACAUAAUGUAUGCACUGUAUAUUUCAGAGCUUACUGAACAUGUACAGAGGGACAGCGCCUUUUUAUCAACAUGUAACAUUGCACAGUGUACGUGAUUAUAAAAAAAAAAACUGUAAAAAAAUAAUUACUUUUAAUUAAAUAAAAGUGAUUUUUAACAUUCCUGGAACAAGGUAAGUCUUGCCUUUUAAGUUAGAUAUUUUAACUGCAAAAAAGAAGUAAGCCAGUUACCUGUCACAGCAGGUCAUAAAUAGUUCAUAAAUGUAUCAGCGAUAAAUAUAGAUGUUAUAUACUGUAGGUGGACUCAAGGAACAGUGCACAGAUAUGACGUGUUAUGAAGGAAGGCAAUAGUCAACUCUAUUCUUAGGUCUUAAACUGAUGCUUUGAUAAAAAGUACAGUACAGAGGUUUUCUAACAUGGAUCUAAGGUGUUUUGUUUUUGAUAUUGGAACCAAAAAAAGUGAAAUGAGAGUGAUACAUUUGCAUCUCCCACUGCAGAUAUUUUUGACCUAAUCUGUACUUCCUCUUUUCCUUCAGUGAAGUCAUGAUCUGGUUCACAGGUUCAAGUCACAUUCUGUGUGUACAUUUUAUUCUGGGGGAAUUGGAGAUAUAAAAUGACUGUGGAAGUGCGUGACAGCACUUUUGA